GGCGGCGAUUAAGCUCCGUAAUCGAAAAUACCUACAACAAUAGUGAAGUCAAGUUCUCUUUUUCAUGCUUCUUUUCUUUGUCGGCGUCAUAUAUUGUCGCAGUAUCUGUAUAAGCUUUCAUUUUUAUACCUUGCGUUAUACUACUAUGGCAGUUCUAAGGCCAAGUUUCACCACCAACCCAGGUGCUACAGAGUCACCGGGAGUCGAUGCUAUCAUUUCUGCACUCAAGAUGAUGCCACACAUCGAAGGGGGCUACUUUAUAGAAACCGACCGAUCGCCAGAUAUCGUUUCUUCUCCAUUCCCCAUCAAAGCCUCUUCCACAUCAGAGCUCACACCCAAACGGCCUGGGUUUGACCCUACCCUUCGAAAUACUUCGACCACAAUUCAUUAUUUUCUUACACCAAAUGGUCCUCAAGGAGGAUUCCAUCGAAACAAAGGGCGCACAGUACACACAUUACACAAGGGUAGAGGAAGAUACGUGAUAAUUCAUGCCAAUGAAUUAGGGAAGGAAAAAAGGAUUGAAAGCUUCAUUGUUGGACCUAAUAUCGAAAAAGGAGAAAAGCUACAGUGGAUCGUUGAAGGCGACAAGUAUAAAGCGAGUUAUCUGCUACCGGACGAAGACGGCGGAGUUCAUAGUCAGGGGCUGUUGAUUAGCGAGACCGUCGUCCCAGGGUUCGAGUUCUGUGACCAUGACUUCUUAUCUCGACAGGGGUUAGAGGAGCUCAUAGGUGUUCAGAAAGCCCAAGAAUUGGGUUGGUUACUUAGUCCAUUAGCGAAAUAAUACCAAUUCUUUGUGCUCUUGUUCCCCAAAGCACAAUAUAUACCAAGACGAACACGAUUAGUCUCAGAUACCAUUAAGAACGCUGUAAAACACGUGACAGCGCGUUUGAUAGUUGUUGAGAUCUUCCCGGAUAGGCUGUGGGACGCAGUCAAAUGAGGGAUUUCAACCUGGUUUGAACAAAGGCGGCUUCUUCAAGUUAUCUCAAUUGUGUGCAG